UUGCGAAUUUUCAGGCGAAAGUCAACAUUCCUUAAGCAGGCAGUUCCGCAUUAGCCACAGCGCCGUCAACGGGUUCCUCGUUGAAACUUGUGACGCCAUUUACAAAAUGCUGGGACCAAAAUAUCUGGUGUCCCCGCGGACGAAAGAUGAGUGGCUUGCAGUAAUGAAGAACUUUUACGAAAGAUGGCAGUUUCCGCAAUGCAUUGGAGCGCUGGACGGAAAACAUGUCACAAUUAUCAAACCUCCGAACUCUGGAUCUGUUUAUUUUAAUUACAAGAAGACCUUCAGUAUCGUGCUUUUUGCUCUUGUGGACGCAGACAACAGGUUUUUGUACAUUGAUGUUGGCGCACCUGGGUCUGAUGGAGAUGGAGGCAUUUGGAGGACGACACCACUGCGGAAUGCCAUCGAGAACGGAACAGCCGGGCUGCCGAUCUCAGGACCUGGACCGGUCGGCGUCCCACCCGUCAUCGUGGGAGACGACGCCUUCCCCUUGUCUGUAAACUUAAUGAAGCCGUACACUGGUACAAAUUUGGAUGAAGAAAAGGUUAUAUUUAACUACAGAUUAAGCCGAGCCAGACGGGUAGCAGAAAAUGCGUUUGGCAUUCUGGCAAACCGUUUUAGGUUUUUGCACACGACCAUCGAUGCCGAACCAGGAAGGGUCACCUCAUUCGUCAAGGCGGCGUGUGUGCUGCACAACUAUUUGCGAGCUGCACCUGUGCUUUUUAAAGCGUCGAGGGAGGACCACCAGCGAAAAAGGGCAAUCUACUUCGGGCUACGAAGUUGCAAAGGGCGCUCCGGGGCAAGAGCUCUAGAUGUGCGUGAGCGUCUACUGAGAUACUUUAAUGACGACGGCGCCGUCGCGUGGCAGAGGGAACAGGCGGGCCUUAAUCUGCGGAUAAAUAACAAAAUGUAACCUUAUCUGCAUGUUCAGACAAGUGCAGUAGCAAAUAUACCAUUUCAUGAGCUGUAUAUUGCUACUUCCUUUACUUAACAACCGUUCAUGCAUGUGCUGGCACUCUGACCACCAAAAACUUUUUGUGUUAUGCUCUAAUUGUUCAAUUUUAUGUAAAU